GCGGCCCCGCGGGGCGGUGAAAAGGAGCCGCGGGGGCAGCGGCAGCUCCGCCGCCCGUCAUGAGGGCAGCGCUCGCCCCCGGCGUCCGCCUGCUCCGCGCCCUCCCCCGGGACAGCCGCUAUCGGGGACUGACGCUGGUGCUGACCUUCCUCUGCUACACCAGCUACCACCUCUCCCGAAAACCCAUCAGCAUCGUCAAGAGCCAGCUGCACCCCAAUUGCUCAGCCUUGGGUCCGAACCCCCGCAAUGACUCCAACAGCACCACGUGGUGCAGCUGGGCACCCUUCGAUGGGGACAACUACAAGGAGCUUUUUGGGGCGCUGGAUAAUGCCUUCCUGGUGGCCUAUGCCAUCGGGAUGUUUAUCAGUGGCAUUUUCGGGGAGCGCCUCCCCCUGCGCUACUACCUGUCGGGGGGGAUGGUGCUGAGUGGGCUCUUCACUGCACUCUUUGGUCUCGGCUACUUCUGGGACAUCCACGUCCUCUGGUACUUCAUCCUCGUGCAGGUCUGCAACGGGCUGGUGCAGACGACGGGCUGGCCCUCCGUCGUGGCAUGCGUCGGAAACUGGUUUGGGAAAGGAAAGAGAGGUUUGAUCAUGGGCAUCUGGAACUCCCACACAUCCGUCGGCAACAUCUUAGGGUCACUCAUCGCUGGCGUUUGGGUUUCGUCUGCCUGGGGCCUGUCCUUCAUCGUGCCCGGCAUCAUCAUCGCCGCCGUGGGCAUCGUCUGCUUCUUCUUCCUGGUGGAGUAUCCCGAGGACGUUGGCUGCAGUCCACCUCUGCAUCAUAUGGCCUCCAACGAGGAGGAUGCUGGAGGAGUGACCACCAAUGCGAAGGAUCCCGAAGCGGUCACGUCCAACGAGGGGCCACUGAGCAUCUCCGGCCAGAGCACUGCGGAGUGCUCCGACAGCCCCAAGGAGCCAGCUGAGGAGCCCGAAGCCAUCAGCUUCCUCGGGGCGCUCCGGAUACCCGGUGUGGUGGAGUUCUCCCUUUGCCUGCUCUUUGCCAAGCUGGUGAGCUACACCUUCCUGUACUGGCUGCCCCUCUACAUCGUGAACGUGGCUCAUUUUGGUGCCAAGGAAGCUGGGGACCUGUCCACCCUCUUCGACGCUGGGGGCAUUUUAGGGGGGAUCUUUGCUGGCCUCAUCUCUGACUACACCGGCGGCAGAGCCACCACGUGCUGCGUGAUGCUCAUCGUCGCUGCUCCCAUGCUGUUCCUGUAUAACCACAUCGGCCAGAACGGCAUCGGCACGUCGAUAGCGAUGCUGAUAGUCUGCGGUGCCCUGGUGAACGGACCCUAUGCUCUCAUCACGACAGCAGUUUCGGCAGAUUUGGGAACCCACGAGUCUCUCAAAGGCAAUGCCAAAGCCCUUUCCACUGUCACGGCCAUCAUUGAUGGCACAGGAUCCAUAGGUGCUGCGCUGGGGCCGCUGCUCGCAGGAAUCAUCUCUCCCACGGGCUGGAAUAACGUCUUCUACAUGCUUAUAGCAGCCGAUGUCUUGGCUUGCCUGCUCCUCACUCGUGUGGUGGUCAAAGAAGUCCGUGGGUGGUGUGGCUACAUGGUGAGGAAGAGAGGCUCUAGCGUGCAGCUCACAGAGUCAGUGCUGGAUGGGAAGUAGCUCAGUGCUCAGCCUAGACACAGCCUCUCCAGUGAAAAUGUAAAGGCUGAGAUCAAGCUUGGGAAUCAAAGGAUGAAAUUGCAAUGGCCGAGGAAGAGUGUGGACGGGCGGGUGGGCGGCGCAUCCUUGCCUUCAGCUGACUCACGAGAUGCUAGCCCAGAUACCCAAUCGAUUGGCAUUGAUUAAUGCACCUAAAAUGGCCAAAUUUAUAGGCUGACUUGCCCCCUGUGCUAAUGAGCUUGAUUAACACAGAGUCUGGGCUCACUAAUCAAAUCCACGGCCAAAUCACUGCAGUGAGGGUAUAAAUAAUCUCCAAAUCAGCACUGGCCUGACUCACAUCGCACCGAAGUCCCCUCCCCUGCGAGCGCUGAGGGGUGAGGGGCCACAGGCAGUCCCGGUGGUGGGGGUGCCAGACCUCCCGCGAACGUUUGGUCCUUUAUGUCUUGUGUUUGCAGGUGAAAGAACAAUAGUCUGGGCCUUGCGCUGCGGUAAGUGCAGCCCAAACCUCCUUCCCCAGCCGCCCGCGGAGGGCUGUGGGGCUCCGCUCUCUUGUGCCGGGGCUGGUUGGGGCAAGGACUGUCCUGGCUGGGUUGGCACCAUCCUGCCGCCGUAUACACCAAAAAUCUGGCUGUUUUGUGCUGGGGAAGCAGCUGGUUUGGGGAAUGGAGCUUUGGGAAUGCGUUGUCUCCUCAGCAGCUUGCAAAGAGGAGGCGCAAAGGCUGGGGGUAUCUUGGGUGAUAUUUCAGCUUUGACCAGACCAAAACUGGUGGCCAGUUCUCCUCUUGGCGCCUGCUUCCCCUCUGGGCUUGUGGUGCAGAUGGGGCUGAGCUUUUCCAGCAGAGACGCUUCCCUUUCCAUCGCUCCGGCAGCGCUGCGGCACCAUCACCCAUCGCAGCACCAUCACCCACCCUGACACCUCUGACCGCCGCCUGCCGCGCUCAGCCCCUCGCUUCUCUCC